AAUUCAUGCGCAAAACCCCUUGUAUGAUUAUAUGAACAAGUUUAAUUUAAAAAAAAAAUGAAACAUGAAUAGUUUUUUAUUCCCGUAUAAUUUUGGAUUUUGACAACGUUACUUAUACCAUUAUAGAGGCCUAAUACCUUAAAUUUAUAUUUCAUAAGAAAGUGUUUUGUGCAUUAAACCCGUCUUUUUACCAUUUCUUUCACUCGAGUCCGGUUACUCCGGUAUGAACAAUUAUGUGUGAAAUUCCACUUUUUGGAUUUGUCUAAUCGCAUUCCCCUAUGCAAUGAUACACCCACCAUAAACUCGAUCAAAUUAUCUUCCUCAGCGACUAGCUACAUUUGUCAUCUUGACUACCCAACAAUAUAACAGCUUGAUAUACAUAAUACGGCCGGAGUAAUUUCUUAAAAGAUCGACGAUGCUAAGCUGCCGCCAUGGAAGCAUUUACGGCGGCCCAGGCAACGCCGUCGUUUCCCCCGCUGUGGAUUGCACCCUUUCUUUGGCAACGCCUUCUUCAACUCCUCCACGCCGCCGCAGCAUGCCGCAUUUUGUAUGGGACGUAUUUUCGCCGCCGUCUCAGCCGCUGAACCGCCGUCCGACCAUCAAUUUCGUCCACAAACUCCCCGACAGUAAUGUUGUUCCUCGUCGCUGUACUAAAUGCCGCACCACUUCUACCCCGCUUUGGCGAAACGGUCCUCGCGGCCCUAAGUCAUUAUGUAACGCGUGCGGAAUACGAUACAGAAAAGAGGAAAGAAGGGUGUACGACGCCGCUACUACAGUAAAGGGCAGUGGCAGUGUGGUAGCAGCAUCGGAGACAAUGAUGAACACGUCUGAUCAUCAUCAUCAUCAUCACGAGCAAGCACAGAAAAAGGGUUGCUUUUCUACUACUGGAUCGCACGACCGGCGGAAGGAUUUGAGGUUAAUGGAUGUGAGCAGAGACCACCAUCGCGAUUCUGAUGUUGUCUCUUGCAGCUGGCGUCAUCUCAGCAACGUCGGCAACGUCCCCGGCAGGCCCGCCGUUGUUUACGAAGGAAUAAUGAAUACACACAUUAUAAGGAGCUAAAUAUAGUAUAAUUGAACUGCUAGGUAGCUAGGUCAAAUAUGCUGUGAUCCGUUAGCUCAUUAAAAUCGACAUUGUUACGUCUUAAUUUGAUCAGACCACCGAUACUUUUAGUCUUGGUUCGUCCUUAAUUAGCUUGAUGGUAUGGAGGAAGGAAAUUAGUUAUGUGAGUUGAUUAAUUCGCAACCCUAACCCCCAUGCAGCCGUCGCCGAUGCCACAACUAUAAUUGUGGAUGGCCAUGAAGCUUUGGGGCUUAUAGACAAAGUCAGAUUCAUGUACUUGAAGUGCGCAAAUGAUCAUUCUUUCGUCAUCAUCAAAUCAAAGCAUUGUUCAACGUAUCAAAUAUAAAAACUAGGUAGAUUCUAUGGUACCCAUUGUUAGGAAAC